AUGUGGUCGGAGCUUCGAAUCUUCAUUCGUCGUCGGAGAAUGCAGUCAUAUGAUCAUUUUCCAUGUCGUCACUGCCACAAAGUCUUUAAGUACGAAAGAAAUCUUCGUGAACACGUCUACGGAGACCAUCCUCCAACGCAUUACUGCUUUUUGUGCGAUGACCGCUUGCCGAACGAGCAUAAACCGCUCCAAUUCCACAUGACCACUGUCCACAAGCUUGCUGACACCAUCACUUGCGAUUGCUGUGACGCUACGUUUGCAAGAAAAUCCAUUUUUGAUAACCAUUGCAAAGAAGUUCGAAAUAAGGCAAAGAUGAAGCACGCAACACCCGUCACGAAGUCUAUCCGUUAUCGGGAUCCUAUUUUGUCAGCAUUUCAUUCUGUUAAUUAUAAAAAGAAAGUGAAAGCAGAACAGCCAGCGAGAAAGGAAAAAUUGGCAAACGAACUCCUCUUUAGAGUAGUCUACUCUAACGACAAAAUUAUUCCACGUUCUGCUCUUCCAAUUCUCGCAGAAGCUGCAGUUGGUAUCAUUAACGCUAUGGGAUUGGAAAAUUUGGGAAUUCGUGUGAAAUCAGCCAUCUUUUGUGAAAAACCAGUUGCAGUUACAUCCCCCUUCACAUUCGACAAAUUGAAGAAAGUUGAAGAGGAUAAACUCGGACGUCACGUUUUCAAUUGUUCUGAAAUUGAUUAG